AAGUUGGGGAUGGAAGCAAGAUCAGGAAGCAUCUGGAAUUUGGUCUCUUUCGUUUCUUUAAAAAGUAAGGUUAAGAGGGUAAAGUGGCUGUGUCAUUGUGUCUAUGAAAUCUGUUGAUUUUGACGAAGAUGGAUAUAGGAAGAAGGAGGGUAUCACGAGGAAUGUUGCCCCUGCUGGCUCUUCAUGCGUUUAACGAGUAUUACAGGCUGCCCUGGAAACCACCGGUUACAGCCGCUCUUGUUGCUACCAACACUCUCAUCUAUAUCAGGCCUGCCUUCCUCGAUUCUCUUCUCCCCCCUAUUGAUCAAGUCUGGUUCAAUCCUCAUCUUAUUCUCAAGCACAGGGACCUGAAACGCUUAUUCUUGUCUGCAUUCUAUCAUGUGGGUGAGUCUCACUUGUUCUACAACAUGAUGUCACUCUUAUGGAAGGGGAUACGUUUGGAAACAUCAAUGGGAAGCACUGAAUUUGCCUCCAUGGUUGUUGUACUUGUUGGCUUGUCCCAGGGUAUCACAUUGCUGCUAGCCAAAUCUCUUCUUUUGUUUUUUGACUACGGAAAACCUUAUUACUCUGAAUAUGCUGUUGGAUUUUCUGGUGUUCUCUUUGCCAUGAAAGUCAUCCUCAAUUCUCACUCAGAAAACUUUACUAAUGUAUAUGGAUUCAUAGUCCCAGCACGUUAUGCUGCUUGGGCUGAAUUGAUUCUUAUCCAGAUGUUUGUACCUGGUGUCUCAUUUCUCGGCCAUCUUGGUGGCAUCCUUGCUGGGAUUCUUUAUUUGAAGUUGAAGACUGGGUAUUCAGGUCCAAACCCGCUGUCUAUGUUCAUUAGAGGAAUUACUGGUGCAUUGAGAUGGCCUUCAAGGUUUGUGCGGUAUUUGUUUCAACGACCGAGGAUUAUUGGUAGGGGAACUGUUGGCUGGGCUCAUAACAGAGGUACUUCACCCAGCACAUGGAGAUGCCGGGCAUGUACAUUUGAUAAUUCUGGCUGGUUAAACUUGUGUGAGAUGUGUGGAACAAAUAGAAGUGGCAAUGGAUUGCAAUCUGACUCUGGAGUCAUUUCCUUGGAGGAAUUACGGCAUCGAAGAGUUGAAAGAUUUGGUUGACAACCUUUCUCCAUUGACUUACCGGGCUGAUUCUGACUUUCCUACUUGUGUGGAAAAUUACAAUUGAAGUAACAGUUGCAAAUUGUGCUUUUUAGAGAGUUUCUUUGUCUCCCGUUUUCCCCUCCAUUCAUAUGGAUCCCUACUCAUUGCUUUUGAUCUGUGUAUUUGCCGAUGGUCUAUCAAGUCGGCCACCUAUUUUGGCUGAUCACUUUUGGUUUUGUGGUAACAUGUGUUGAACUUUGGUAAGAUGUCACGGAGUGAGUCUGUAAAAUUGCAGAGAUUCUGCAAUCUCCAAAUGCAAUCAUGAAAAUGGUUCAGUAUUCAGGGGCGUUGUAGCAGUCGAGUCAUCCAGCUUGUGCCUUUUAUGGAUUUUGAACUGGGAGACAUUUAAAUGACUCUGUUUCUUAGGCUGUUUCUUCUAUAAAACCAGAUUCAAUCUUGGCUUUUGCGGA